AUGGGGAGAAACAAUAGACUUGAGAAAGAGGAUUUCGUGAGAACUUUUGUAUUCAUUGUUGUACUUUUCUGUCUACCAACAUUUGGGAAGUCCUUUGAUUUGUACUUCCUUUCUUUGACUUGGCCCAUUUCGUUUUGCAACGUGAGGAUCGAAAGUUGUAAACGUCCUGUUCCCCAGGACUUCACAAUCCAUGGCCUCUGGCCUGGAUUUUGGAAUGGCAAAACCCACGAGAACUGUCAAUCACCAAUAGUAUUUGACAAGAAACUGGUUGCUUCUUUGAGGAGAGAUCUUGAGGGCUACUGGCCAGAUCUUUUGAAACCCAAAUAUGAAAAAACUGAUUCGCAUUUCGAGUUUUGGGAUAAACAGCGGGUAAAACAUGGAAGUUGCUCUGCAAUGCAACCAAAGAUGUACUUUGACGCCGCAAUUCGUCUAAGAAAAGCAAGCAACCUACUCAAAGUUCUACGAAGUUCAGGUAUCGUACCAGGUACGAAAUUGUACACACCGGAAGAGAUUAAAAUUGCAAUCGAGAACGGGUGGGGCGUAACACCUCUCGUUAAGUGUAACAAAGACAAGCGAGAUCUUCAACUACUAGAGAUCGUGAUUUGGUGA